AUGAAAGGUGCUGAGGCUGCUAUUAAAGCUGAACAAACAGCCAAGGUUGCACUGACCAUUAGUGAAAAGAAUCAAGCUACUUUGGUUGAAAUUAAUAAACAAGUAUUUUGUUUGGGCAAGACAUUACAAGAUUCAUGGUGGCAGGGUUAUCUUAAUAAUAAACAGGCUACUAAAGAAUGUAUUGGUAAAGAUGGAUUUUUCCGUACCGGAGAUGUUGCUUUUAUUAAUGAAAAUGGGAAAAUUUUUUUGGUCGACCGUAUAAAAGAACUUAUCAAAUAUAAGGGCUCUCAAGUUGCACCUGCGGAACUCGAAUCAGUCCUACUUACAAACCCCAUCAUUUCCGAUGCAGCUGUAGUUGUAAGAUUGCAUUUCUUUAGUAGAAAAAAAAUUAAUCAAAACCAAAAAGUCACCAAGAAUCCUGAAUCAAAAGACCUAGUUAAUACAUCAUCACUUUUGAUUAUUGAUUCUCUUGCUUACAAUAUUUCUGUUAAUUCAUCAAACACUGAUAUUUGUGAUGUUGAAUCAGGUAGUACACUCAUGAAUAGAGAAAAAGGCCAGUACCAACAGGAAACAAACAAAAAAUAUAGUAUUUGGAAUUGUAUGAAAGGUGCUGAGGCUGCUAUUAAAGCUGAACAAACAGCCAAGGUUGCACUGACCAUUAGUGAAAAGAAUCAAGCUACUUUGGUUGAAAUUAAUAAACAAGUAUUUUGUUUGGGCAAGACAUUACAAGAUUCAUGGUGGCAGGAGAAUCCUAUUUGUUAUGUUGGCGACAAUUCAUUAAUUGAUUGA